AUGCUGGCCUCAGGGAUGCUCCUGGUGGCUGUGCUGACCUGCCUCAGCAUCAUGAUCAUAAUGUCUGUGUGGAGGCGGAGGAGACUGUUGGGAAAGAUGCCUCCGGGACCCACCCCAUUGCCCUUCAUUGGGAACUUCCUGGAACUGGACACAGAGAAGUUUCGUGACUCUCUUUUAAAGAUCAGGGAGCAGUAUGGUCCUGUGUUCACUAUCUACCUGGGGUCUCGUCCUGCUGUGGUACUCUGGUCCUGCUGGGGUUAUGAUGCAGUGACAGCUCUGAUCGACCAGGCUGAGGAAUUCAGCGGCCUUGGACAGCAAGCUUUCCUGGACUGGUUCUUCAAAGGCUACGGUGUGCUGCUGAGCUCCGGGGAGGGGGCGUCCAAGCAACUCAGGCGCUUCUCCAUCUCCACCCUGAGGGACUUGGGCUUUGGCAAGCGUGGCAUAGAGGAGCGGGUCAUAGAGGAGGCGGGCUUUCUCAUACAGGCCUUUCGGGACACAAAUGGUGCUAACAUAGAUCCCACCUUCUACAUGAGCCGAACCGUCUCUAAUGUCAUCAGUUCCAUUGUGUUUGGGGACCGCUUUGAUUAUGACAACAAAGAAUUCCUGUCUCUGUUGGGCAUGAUGAUGCGGAGUUUCCAGUUCACAGCUACUUCAGCUGGACAGCUCUUUGAGAUGUUCUAUUCAGUGAUGAAGCACCUGCCAGGACCCCAGCACCAGGCCUACAAGGAUAUACAGGGGCUGGAGGACUUCCUAGCCAGGAAGGUGGAACAGAACCAGCGCACCCUGGAUCCCAAUUCCUCCCGGGACUUCAUCGACUCUUUUCUCAUCCGCAUGCAGGAGGAGAAGAAGAACCCCCAAACUCAGUUUCACAUGAGGAACCUGUUGACAACCACACUGAACUUUUUCUUUGGGGGCACAGAGACUGUCAGCACAACCAUGCGUUAUGGCUUCCUGCUGCUCAUGAAGAACCCUCACAUUGCAGCUAAGAUGCAUGAGGAAAUUGACCAGGUGAUUGGCAGGAACCGGCCACCCAAGUACGAGGACCAUUUGAAGAUGCCCUACACCGAGGCUGUGAUCAAUGAGAUCCAGAGAUUUGUAGACGUAAUUCCUUUAGGUGUGCCUCGUAGCACCACCAAGAACAUCAAGUUUCGGGACUUCCUCAUCCCCAAGGGCACGGAUGUUUUGCCCAUACUGAGUUCUGUGCUGAAGGACCCCCAAUUCUUCUCCAACCCCAAUGACUUUGACCCCCAGCACUUUCUGGAUGACAAAGGGCAGUUUAAGAAGAGCAACGCUUUUGUGCCCUUUCCAUUGGGAAAGCGAUACUGUUUUGGAGAAAACCUGGCUAAAAUGGAGCUCUUCAUCUUCUUUACAACCAUUAUGCAGAACUUCCACUUCAAGUCUCCACAGGCACCCCAAGACAUAGACAUGUCCCCACAAUAUGUCGGCUUUGGCACAAUCCCUGGAAGAUUCACCAUGAGCUUCCUGCCUCGUUGA